CCUUAGUACAUCUAUGUUAUAUGCAACACGUUUUACUCUUACUUGUCUAGAGUGUGGCAUAUUUUCGACCUAAAUAUUUCAAUUUCAACCUUCUAUCUAUCGAUCAAUCUUAUGGGAAAAUAUUUCAUCAUUUUUAUAAUGGAAUUCUAAUUAAUUAUGUUCAGUUUCUGAUUAAAUUCAGUUGUGUCUUAGCUCGUUAGUACAUUAUCCAUCAAAUAUUCAUUUAAAACGUAUUAAUCGUACGUAAUUAUUACAUAAUUAAUACAUCAUCCUAAGAGUGUAUUUUUGAGUACCUUUUUAAUCAUUAAAAUAAGUUCUUAUCUUCUAAUGAAUGUUAGAUAAAUCGACUAAUCCAUAAUAAAUAAAUGACAACUUACAGUAAAAGGUUUUAGUCGAAUAGCAACACUUGAUCGACAAGUGGGCUUGUAAAAGUAUCUCCAAUAGAAGGCUACAAAAUGUCACAAAAAAAAAUUGGUAUCAUUGGAAGUGGUUUGAUCGGUAGAUCAUGGGCUAUGAUUUUCGCAGCCUCCGGUUGGACCGUUUCUCUCUACGACAUCGAAGUAAAACAGAUAGAAACAGCACUCGCUGACAUUAAACAACAGCUCAAAACUUUAGAAAAGGAAAAGCUGCUCAGAGGCAACAUCAAUGCUGACCAACAAAUCGCUCUGAUUUCAGGUUCUACGAAAUUGGAAGAUACCGUCAAAAACGCUACCAUAAUUCAAGAAUGCGUUCCGGAGAAUCUAGAAUUAAAGAUAAAAGUAUGGAAGCAAGUAGACGCGAUAGCUGAAUCAACAACUAUUUUGUCUAGCUCUACGUCAACCUUUGUUCCAUCUCUUUUUAGCAAAGACCUUAAAAACAAGAAAAACAUUAUUGUCUCUCAUCCUGUCAACCCUCCUUACUAUGUGCCCGUCAUCGAGGUGGUUCCAGCUCCUUGGACAGAUCCGGAAGUUGCCAAAAAGACCAGAGCUAUUUGGGAAGAAGUCGGUCAAACACCAGUGUCCUUGACCAGAGAAAUACCAGGAUUCAUCGUCAAUAGACUUCAGUACGUUCUUCUCAACGAAGCUUGGGAUUUGGUAAAGGAAGGCGUGUUGGACGUAAAAGACAUCGACAAAGUAAUGUCAGAAGGUCUUGGUAUGAGAUACGCUUUCUUAGGAAUUCUGGAGACCACGCAUCUGAAUGAUCACGGUUUUGUUAAUUAUUGCAAAAGUUACGCCGAUACCAUCUACGCUGUGAGCCAAGAUUUCAAAGCUCCCACCAAGUUUCAAGGACCUCAGGUUUUGGAGAUUGCAAAGCAGUUGGAAAGCGAUGUACCAUUGGAUAAAUUACAGAAAAGAAGAAAUUGGAGGGAUCUUGCAUUGACCAAACUCAGCCAGCUAAAGAAACAAAUGAAUAAGCUUAAGUAAAAACAAGACAUUGUUAUGAAUUAAAAAAUAUAUAUUAAUGAUCGAGAAGU